AUGCUGCUGCUUGUUGGCUUGCUUCUGGCUGCGGGGCUGCUCAUCUUCUAUCAUAGGCGCCCGGCGCCGGCCUCCUUGGAACAUAGAGGGGAAAGAGCCGGUUUAGAUGCGGGGCAGGCACCCCUGCUGCUGAACCGCGAGGAGCUGAGCAAGUAUGAUGGAAAGCACGGCUUGGGCCUGUUCAUGGCGGUCAUGGGGGAGGUCUACGACGUUUCUGCAGGGAAGCGGCACUAUGGUCUGGGGGGCGGGUACCACAGCCUGGCAGGCAAGGAUGCCAGCCGGUCUCUAGCAACGGGUAACUUUGUGGAAGACCUGCACGACGACAUCCACGACUUCAGCAACGAGCAGAUCAAGGCCGUGCUAAAGUGGCGCGACUUUUAUCACAAGAGCACGAAGUACCACCUGGUGGGCCACGUGGUCGGCGCCUUUUACGACGCGGACGGCAGGCCCACCCCCCUCCUCCUCCGCAUCGAGGCGCUGGAUGGGGGCAGGGGCCCGCGAGGGGUGGUGCAGGAUCCGACCCAGGACCUGCAGCCCUGCAACUCGGGGUGGAGCCAGGCGGCAGGGACGGAGGUGUGGUGUGACACCGGCUACCCCCGCAAGGUGAUGACUCCGGGACCCGGCGAGGAGCUCCGGGCCGACUGCGUCUGCCAGCGGGGCACCGCAGUCACACGUGGCCGCCGUCUGUUCACCGGCUGCCUCGGGACCGAGCAGCGCUGCCGAGCCCCCGAGCUGGAUGACGCGGACGACGGCGAUCUGUGA